AAUAAGACAUUUUCUGUCAACACUUAUUGCUAUCUGAUUGCUAUCUGAUACAUGCAACCAGAGUCUGCUUGAAUACAAUUUAGCAAGAGUAACACCACGUGUGAUUUUUCUUCCACAUUUCCCUGUUCAAAGCUCCUAAAAAGAAAUGGAAGAACUCGAUGAGAUGCUUAGCAAAAGUUGAUUUCUCCCCUUCUUUCAAAGAAGAGACAAGACUCUCUAAAUUGAAAAUGGAAGUCUCAUCCCUCACUUUCAAAUUAAGCUCCUUUGAAUUAUCCACUGUUUGAGAAGAAAGAUCCAGAAAGUAAUCAACUUGUUCUAACUUCCAAUUAUGAAUCAAACGCUUCAAAAUAAGAAUUUGAAAGGGCUGAGAAUGAGAGGGAGUCAUCACAGAAUGCAUUAGAGUUGGCGUUGGCAAAUGUAAGGUUGCGGUUGGCAGAGAUAAGGGCUCAAAGUGAGAUCGAAAGGCUUGAGGAAGAGUGGGAAAGAAGAGCAGCAUUGUUAGCAAGGGCUCGGAAUGAAAGGGAAAGAGAAGCACGGAUAAGGCGCCGGAAUGAGAGGGAAAGAUCACAUAAUCAAAGAGCAACACAGCUAGCAAGUGUAAUCUUCACACAUGAGUGCUAGAUUUGUGUUGUAAUAAAUUUGCCUGAGGUUUGGUUUUUAAUGUUUUGUUUAAAGCACCCUUGGUGGCAGUCAUGGAAUACCUAAAGUACAUUAUAAAGGGAGACAAGGAGAAUAUUACGUAAUGGUUAUGGACAUGCUUGGUCCAAGCUUGUGGGACGUAUGGAAUUCCUCAAGCCAGGCGAUGUCUGCGGAAAUGGUUGCAUGUAUUGCUGUUGAGUCCCUGUCAAUCCUGGAGAAGAUGCACUCAAGAGGAUAUGUGCAUGGAGAUGUAAAACCAGAGAACUUUUUAUGUCAGCCAGCGACACCACAAGAGAAGAAAUUGUUUCAUGUAGACCUUGGAUUAGCAACAAAGUGGAGAGACAGCUCCAGUGGGCAGCACGUUGAUUAUGAUCAACGCCCUGAUAUGUUUAGAGGGACUGUUCGAUAUGCCAGUGUUCAUGCACAUUUGGGAAGAACUGCUAGUAGAAGGGAUGAUCUUGAAUCUCUUGCAUAUACACUCAUCUUCCUUCAUAAAGGCCGGUUACCUUGGCAAGGUUAUCAGGGUGAUAACAAAUCCUUUCUUGGUUGCAAAAAGAAGAUGGGGCAGCCCUGAAAGUAAGGGCUGAGAUUGAAAGGGCUCGGAAUGAAAGGGAAAAAGAAGCACUGGUAGGAUCGAAGUCUGAGAGGGAAAGACGUAGAGAAGCACGGUUUCGUAUUGAGAGGUCAGGUAAUCAAAGAGCAACAGCAAAUGUGUUAGGGCCUCGGAAUGAGAGGGAAAGAUCACAUGAUCAAAUAGCAACAGGGUCAGCAAGUGUAAGGGCUGGUCAUGAGAGAGGAGGAUCACAUAAUCAAAUAGCACCACGGUUAGCAAAUGUGUUAGGGCCUCAGAAUGAGAGGAAAGAUCACAUAAUCAAAGAGCAACACAGCUGCUAGCAAGUGUAAUGCACCUACAAUCUUCACACAUGAUUGCGCCAUUUGCAUGCAACAUUUCCAGAAUGGAGAGUCCAUUCAACCUUCUGGACUCAUGACAUAUCAAUAAUACAUGUUCAACGCCUGUGCGUAUCUUUCCCUUUGUUCUGACGUGAACCGCCAUCACAUUCUCCGGUGUUUCAACGCAACUUGCUCACUGUAAAUUGGCAAAGUAAUUAUUAGCAAUUGCUAUUAACUUGAUAAUUACAUUACAAGUUUCUCAUGUUCUUAGUUUCACAAUUAGGCAUUGUGCAAUUUUUACGAUAAUUAUUACGGUCUCAAUUAUG